AUGUGGGGGCCUGUGCUGCUGGUGUCCUGCUGCUGGCUCCUGGGGGCCAAUGCACAACCAGAGGGCCUGAGCUUCGCCGUGGUGGCAGACUGGGGUGGUGUCUCCUUCCCCCCGUACUACACCCAGCACCAGGCCGCCGUGGCUGAGGAGCUGGCCAGCCUGAGUCAGGAGCAGGGCCUGGACUUCAUCCUCAGUCUGGGGGAUCACUUCUACAUGGAGGGGGUCCGGGACGAGCACGACCCCCGCUUCAAGCACACCUUUGAGCAGGUGUACCAGCAGCCCGCCCUGCAGAGCGUGCCCUGGUUCCUGGUGUCAGGGAACCAUGACCAUCGAGGGAACGUGUCUGCGCAGAUCCACUACUCCAACCUCUCACAUCGAUGGAAUUACCCGAGCCUGUACUACUCUCUGCUGUUUCCUGUGGGCGGAUCUAACACCUCUCUGACCGUGCUGAUGAUUGACACGGUGGUCCUCUGUGGGAACACGUGGGACCAGGACCAACCCGAGGGCCCGGAGAAUCCAGCAGAGGCGGAGCAGCAGUGGGACUGGAUCCAGAGCCAGCUGCAGAGUGCACGGUCAGACUACGUGCUGGUAGCUGGGCACUACCCGGUCUGGUCCAUUGGGCACCAUGGACCCACUUCCUGCCUGGUGGACAGACUCCGUCCUCUACUAAAGAAGUACAGAGUGAGCGCCUACGUGAGCGGGCAUGACCACAACAUGCAGUUCAUCCAGGAGCAGGACGGCUCUGCGUUCUUGGUCAGUGGCAGUGGAUCCAUCUCCUGUCAGGACCUGUCCCACCGCAGCAGCGUCCCCGCAGCCUGGCAACGCUUCUCCAGCCCUGUCAAUCAAACCGAAGCGGGUGUGGCUUACUUCCAGCUCCGCCCAGGUCAUAUGGUGGCCAGUUUCAUGCAACCGGACGGAAAGUGUGUGUUCCAGGACCAGCUACCCUCACGGGGCCGGCACUAG